AUGCCACUCGUUGUUCCAGGAAUCAACUCCUCAAUGGGCGAUAAGCCCGAGUGGCUCAACAAACUCAUGGGAAAGACGAUUAGCGACACCAGUAAUGAGACAUCCUUUGCGAAGAAAGAUCUUCCGGAAUCUCAUCGGAUAUUGAAGCCGGGUGACAUGAAGACCCAAGAUCAUAAUCCGAACAGACUCAAUGUCCAUGUUAACGAUGAUGGGACUGUCCAUGAUGUGAACUACGGUUAG